AUGGGUUGGAAGGCUGCUCAGAAACUCAUACAUCACUGGAAGGUUCUCAGAGGUGAUAAUGUUAUGAUAAUUAGAGGCAAAGAUAAAGGUGAGACGGGAAUCGUUAAGCGUGUUGUACGUACACAGAAUCGUGUUAUUGUGGAGGGCAAAAACUUGGUAAAAAAGCAUAUUAAACAAGGGCAAGGUCAUGAAAGUGGGAUAUUUACAGUUGAAGCCCCAUUGCAUGUCUCUAAUGUGCAGGUUCUAGAUCCAGUGACUGGGCAACCAUGCAAAGUUGGAAUCAGAUACUUGGAAGAUGGCACCAAAGUAAGAGUUUCCAGAGGUAUUGGAGCAUCAGGCUCCAUUAUUCCUCGUCCUGAGAUCUUGAAGAUAAGGACUACACCAAGACCAUCAGUUGUUGGGCCGAAGAACACUCCAUUGGAAGAUGUCACGGAGAUGACAUAUGACCCGAAAACUGGAAAAGGCAUGCCAGAUCUUUAA